AUGCGCGAGAUCACCCUGAUUCGCGCCUUACACCACGAGAACGUCGUCGGCUACCUGGGCCUGGAGCGCGACGCGACGCGGCACCGCCUGUCCAUCUUCAUGGAGUACGCCAUGGGCGGGUCCGUGCGCCAGCUCCUGCAGGACGGCGGCGCCUUCUCGGAGGCGCGCGCCGCGCGGACGCUGGAGCAGGUGCUGCGGGGGUUGACGUAUUUGCACGCGCACGGCGUCGCGCACCGCGACAUCAAGGGCGCGAACAUCCUGCUCUCGGCGCCCGCGGCGCGGGAGCGCGACCUCGCGGAUUUCGGCGCGUCGAAGCGCAUCGGCACGCUCGGCGAGGACAAGUCCGUGCUGUCGGGCCUCAAGGGCACGCCGCGGUGGAUGGCGCCGGAGGUCAUCAAGGGCCAGAUCGCCGGGACGUUGGACGGCUGGGUGCUGGCGGACGUCUGGUCCAUGGGCUGCACGAUGGUCGAGAUGGUCACGGGCGAGAUGCCCUGGCCCAUGUUCCCGAACCCCAUGGCGGCCAUGUACCACAUCGCCGACGGCAAGGCGCCGCCGUUGGGAACCUACGCGCCGACGCCGAACGCGAAGGCGUUCCUCGACGGCUGCUGCCGCGCGACGCCCGCGCACCGGUCGUCGCCCGCGGCGCUCCUGGCCCACGCCUUCAUCUGCGGC